ACGUGCACCAACCUGUCCUGGGCAGGGAUUCAACACGAUCUGCGCUAAACCGCAAAGGAGCAAUUACGCUUCAGGUCACUUUGGGCUUUGAGAGUUGCUGAGAAUACGAGAACCUGCGUUGGGCUUUUCUCCCACCGUCCACAACUAACCAACUCGAAUCAACUAUGUCUGCUGUAGCUCCCCCGGAUCCCUCACAGUCCUCCUCUUCAGCCCCCAAGAAGAAGACCAACAAGAAGAAAAAAGCGGGAAAAGGGAAGACGACUGAAGAAACUCUCAAGGUUCCUGGAAAUGGGAAGGAAGCUGGCUCGGAAAAUGGGGAUGUAGAGGGCGAUGAGGACUCAGGGCAAUCGGCUGCGAAUACACCUCGCGAUGCAGCUUUCUCUGAGAGUACCAAACUGCAAACGAAUGGUCACAAUCAUGAUUCGACCAGCAAUGGCCACGCCAUCGAGCAUUCGUCACAGUCGGGCAGUCAAAUGGAGCACGGAACAUUGGGUGGAUCAGAUGACAAACAAUUAGAGACCUCAGAUGCUAGCUUACGAUUCGAUGCCAUGUCGCAGGAACGAGAAGCUCUUCGUCUUGAGGUGGAACAAUUGCGGAAGGCGCUGGAGGAUAUCCAGGGGAAGCAUUCUGAAGAGAUAGCGACGAUCAAGGGACAGCACACAGAAGAAAUCUCAAGCAUCGAGUCAAAGCACACGGCCGAAGUUUCUACGAUUAAGGGUCGGCACGAGGAGGAGGUUUCAACUAUUCGAGCCGAACUAGAGGAGACCGAGUCUGCGAAGGAUCAUGCUGAGACACAGUACCAAUCACUCCUAGGGCGCAUUAACACUAUUAAGUCGAGUUUGGGAGAAAGGUUAAAAGCGGAUAAGCAAGAACUCGCCGAAGCGAAGGAGCAGAUCGAGGAGCUCGAAUCUCAGAACGAGUCCUUGCAGAACAAUGUCAAAAGUCUGGAGGGGGAUAUUAAACGGCUGGAGCAAGAGGCUCACGAAACCUCGAAAGAAUUGUCCAGUUUGAGAAAUCGGCACAACUUGUCUCAGCAGAAUUGGGUCAGUGAACGAGAAGAUCUGGUUCAGCAGACCAGGCAGCUGAGAGAUGAGGCCGAAGCUGCCAAAGAGGCAAUGGGAGAUUGGGAGGUUUUUGCAAUGGAGGAGAGAUCCAUGCGAGAAGGGUUGGCGGAGCGAAUCAAAGACCUGGAAGAGCAGUUUUCGAUCCAGAAAGAAUCCUAUGAGGAGGCUGUAUCUGAACGAGACAGUCGAUCGCAAACAUUGGAAGGUUUACAGAGAGCCUUACAAGAUGUUCAGGAGUCCCGGAAAAGGGAAUUGAGAGAGAUGGUAGAAUCUUACGAAGAGCAGCUCCAAGCUCUCAAGAAGCUUGUCCAGGAUUCUGAUUCUAGGGCUACGGAAGCCGAGGCAUCAAAGGGAGCGCUACAGGCCGAGGUCGACCGUCUGGAACCCUUUGAGAAAGAGAUUAAGGAGAAGAAUCUUCUCGUCGGUAAAUUACGGCACGAAGCAAUCAUUUUGAAUGACCACCUCACGAAGGCCUUGAGGUAUCUGAAAAAGGCCAAACCGGAAGAUAAUAUUGAUAGGUAUGUUCGUAUGUUAAGCAAGCUCCCGCCUAUGCUUACUUUCUUAGACAAAUUGUCACUAACCAUUUCUUGCACUUCCUUGCUCUCGACCGGUCUGAUCCGAAGAAGUUUCAGAUACUGCAAUUGAUAGCAUCAUUGCUCAACUGGACCGACGAGCAGAAAGAGCAAGCGGGUCUUGCGAGACCGGGUGGAUCGAACAGCAGUUUACGCUUACCCAUG